AUGGUAGCCUUGUUUACCUUCUUAUUUCUCUCUACUUUUCCUUGUUUGAUCUCUUCUAACAUUAUAUCACCUGGCACAAGUAUUAGCAUCACUGGAUUUGAAAAGAUCUCGUUACCACCGAACACGACAACCACAGGAGGCUUCACAUUUGACUUGUUCAAUGGAGGUCCGUACAUAGGUGUUGUUGAUGGUAGAAUCUUGAAGUACAAUAAGCUUCGUAGAACAUUCGAAGAUUUUGCUUAUACUUCACCAGAUAGGACUAGCGCAUUCUGUGAUGGGACAACAGACUUUAAUAAGUUACAAACUUGUGGUUAUCCGUUUGGAUUGAGUCCAGACCCUGCGACUGGGAAGAUAUAUGUUACCGAUACAUCCCUCGGGCUAGACAUUGUGGGAAUUUUUGGGGGACUUGCGACUAAUUUAGUCCCUUCUAAAAACGGUGUACCUUACCACACGCUUGUCGACGUUGAUGCCGCUAUAAACCGCAAAGUUUACUUUGUCGAUGCUAGCAAUAUAUAUAAUCUCAGGGAUAUUAACACAUCCAUACUGACCGGAGAUUCAACCGGAAAGCUAUUGGAAUAUGAUAGUAGAACAAAAAUAGUGACUGAAUUGCUUACAGGGUUAGGAGGUCCGGCAGGAGUGGCUUCGGAUAGGGUUGCCUCAAGUGUCUUUGUUGCGGAGUACACGGCUCAAAGAAUCCGCAAGUAUUAUAUAAAUGGAGAGAAAGCUGGUACUUCUGAAAUUAUACUAUCAGGUCUAGGAAGUUUCUUACAGAUUACGAGAGUUAAGGGUGAAGAUAAUUUUUGGGUUCCGGUUAACAAUUUAGUAAAUGAAACUUUUGCGAAUACUCAAGCUGUGAAGUUUAAUGUUGCUGGCCAAAUACUAGCAAGACUGGACCUAACUCAAGAAUUCACUCAACUCGUAUCAACAGUUUACCAGCAAGGUAAUGAACUGUACGUGACAGGGUUCAACACAGGAUAUCUUGGCAAGUACCAGUUGAUAUAUUCUUAG